CAAGAGAGAAAAAAACUGAGGUACCGAUAAAGACAAGUUUUACUUUCACACUGCUUCUAAUAUAACAGCAACAUUACAUAGAAACAAAAGUUUGUAGGAACAUUUUUAAUCCAUGCAUCUGCCUAUGGCUAUGUAAGGAUUUCUCUGAGAAGAGAAGUAUGUCAGGAAACACUGAUUGCCAUUUUUAUGUCUGGGCAAUUCUAGUCUUCCUGGUUUUAGCUCUGGUUAUAUCGGUGAUCUUCAAUAUUUCCCACUAUGUGGAAAAAAAGCGACAAGAUAAAAUAUACAGGUACUCUGAUGACUACAUUCCCAGGGAGGAUGAGUAUUAUAUUGAAGACACACCAAUUUAUGGUAACUUAAAUAAUGUGGUCCCAGAUGAAAACUGCUAUGAACAAAUGAAAGCCCAACCAGAGAGAUCUGUGAAUGAACUGAAAGACGCCACCCCACCUGUACAGGCAACUGAUGAAACACAGAUGUUUUACGCCUCACUAAAUCACAACUAUGAGGGGAAGCACAGAAAGCCCAGGAAACGGAAUUCUAAUUUGUCAGACGAGGAUGAAGAUGAGGAGUUACACGGAAUGCAUGCCAGCCUUUCGAAGAGUACUCUGGUAGACAGUUUCCCACCUGAGAGCCAGGCAAUAGAGGAAAACAUUCAUGAUGAUCCCAUUAGACUCUUUGGAUUGAUUCGCAAGAAGAAAGAACCUGUAAACCAACAGGGCUAUGCUCAAGCUCAAUGAUUUGGCUCUUUUUGAAGGAGGUUGUUAAACAAGAUCCCCAUAUGACACAGUAUGAUUUGGCAGGGUGACAAUCUGAUCAAUUGUUAUCCAGAGUUUAUGCCCUUGCAUAUUGAAUAUAAUAUCAUGAAAUUAGUUAUUUGAAUUGACUUUAAAAAUGUCUAAUAGUAAAAUAUAAAAUAAAGUUUGCAAAUUGAGCUUGAUGACAAUAUCACAACUUGACCAAAAAUACUUAAUACUCAGUGAAAUAAAACCAAAAAAAUAUAUGUUAAGCAUUUUUAGUGUGUUCUGGAACACCUUUAAAGAAGAAUAAAAGUCAACUAAAAAAAAAUUCUCCUUUCUCACCAGUGUGAAACACCCUCUAAUGUAAAGAAAUGUCUGAUUGAAAGGCAGGGAGACAUUUAAAUAUAUUCAUAAAAGCAAUGGGAUAAUAAUAUAUUCAUAGAAAUAUAUUCAAAAAAUAUUUAUUAGUUUAAAAAUUAUUAUUAAAUUAAUUCAUGCUCCUUGUAACAACAAACAAGUAUGAAAAACAAUUUAGAAAUUCCAUGAGCCAGAAAUAAUCAUUA